CAGAGGUCUGUCAGUUAAUCGAGCUCUCUGGAGAGGAAGAGACAAGAAAGACCAACCAAGAGGUUAUUUUAUCCAGCAUUUAUCUAUUUAAUCAUCAUCCUCUCUUGAAAAUGGUUAACUGUGGAACCCUGUUGAAGAGCGUGCUGGUCGCCAUCAUCCUGGUGGUUGCGGUUGAGUCUGGACCAACAGAUGAGAAGCUGGCAGAAUGCUGCGAGACAGUCAGCAACGUCGAGAUAACCGAACCAAUCACAGGAUACAUGAUCCAGAAACGUAACGCUCAGUGUGUCCGAGCUGUCAUCUUUCAGACAGCAACAGGUCUUUACUGCAGUCAGCUGACAGCUCCCUGGGUCCGCACCAAGAUUGUUGCGUUUGAGAAGGCAAAAAAAGUCGCUUCGUCUGUGGCUCCCUCGUCUUCUGUCUCCCUCCUCUCCAUCAUCACAUCCACUGCCUCUCCUUCUUCUUCCUCUAAUUAUCAUCCUCUUUUGAAAAUGGUUAACUGUGGAACCCUGUUGAAGAGCGCGCUGGUCGCCCUCGUCCUGGUGGUUGCGGUUGUGUCUGGACAAACAGAUGAGAAGCUGUCAGAAUGCUGUAAGACAGUCAGCAAGUGGAAGCCGACCGAACCCAUCAUAGGAUACACGGUCCAGUUACCUCACGCUCCGUGUGUCCGAGCUGUCAUCUUUAAGACAGAAAAACGUAAAUACUGCACUUACGUGAAGGCUCCCUGGGUUCUCAGCACGAUUAAGGAAUUGAAUGCGAAAGCUCAGAUCGCUGCUUCGACUGUGGCUCCCACGUCUCCAGUCUCCCUCCUCUCCAUCAUCACCUCCACUGCCUCUCCUCCUUCACCCUCCACUCCUGCUCCCUCCUCCUCCUCCUCCUUCUCCUCCUCCUCUCCUCCUCCCUUCUCCGCCACAUCCGAGAUGCCUCAGGAGUAGGUCUGCAUCCUCUCCACCUCCGGCCAAUGAAAGCAUCGACAAGAAGUUAACACUGAAGCAGACUAAUGUUUGAAAUAGCACUUAACAUAAUUGUGUUAAAUAUAACUUUAGGGGAGUAUUUAGUUUCUUAUCUCAAUUAUUCAGAGAAUAAUUAUAGUGAAGUUAUUUAUUAGUUUAAUUUAUUGACCAGUGCUGAUAGAAGUAUUCAUGUAUUUAUUACAAGUGUAUUUAUGAAUAUUUAAAGGUUAUGUACAUUACUUUAUGGUCAUAUGCAUCUUAAGUUCUACAUUUGGAAAUGAAAGAUAUUUAUUUAUUUGAAUCUGUGCAGCUGUAACAACAUUGGUCUGAAAUAAAUGUUGCACGCC